AACCAAAGAAUUUCAUAACAUUUCAUUUCAAACUUUCGUGGAGAACAGAACGGAUUGGACUUGCAGAGGACAUACAUAGACGUCUACAAAAUUAAUACACUUUGAUUUGAAAUCAGAAAUAUUUAAUUAUUUCUGAAGUGAUAUAGUUUAGUAGUGCAAGGAGGAAGUAAAGAAAGUGUUCGAAUAUGUUGAGAUAUAUAAUUAUUGCGCUCGCGUUCUGUGGUGUGCUACAAAUACAAUUAACGGCGGCAAGCGCUCCGAGCGGUAGCAAUGUGAGUUUCGAAUUGGACGGACGCAUUAUCAAUGGCACCGUGGCCAGUUUUAAUGAAACCAAACAUCAAGUCUCAAUACGUCGGCGUCUCAAUGAUGGAUACUACUUUGGCACCGGUCAUCUCUGCGGCGGUUCGUUGAUUAGUUCGAAUGUGGUACUUUCAGCGGCGCACUGUUUCGUGAAUUACGAUAUCAAUAACGGCACAUUCCGCCCGCAUGAGGACUUCAUUGUGGUGAUGGGCAAUCUGGAUCGUUUCGAACGCAACAACUACACGCUCGUAUUCGAUAUUGAGAAAAUCGUCUACAAUGUGAGCUCUUUCAAUCUGAGCACGUAUGAAUCGGACAUCGCUCUGGCAUUUCUGAACGAUUCUGUGCCAGCGAAUUAUACCAGAGCUCAACCAAUUCAACUCGAAACCGAAGAGGUGCCCGAUCAAACAGUUUGCCAAGUCACCGGUUGGGGUCAAACUGAAGACGGCUACUUAUCGGAUGUUUUGCUGACCGUUGACGUGCCAAUCAUUAACGACACCGCCUGUGCGAAUGACAUGGGCUUUGGUGCUGGCCUCAUCCGUGUUGGUAUGCUGUGUGCGGGCUAUCCGGAGGGUGAGCGUGACGCUUGUGCUGGCGAUUCGGGCGGUCCACUUGUGUGCAACAACAGUUUGGCCGGCAUUGUCUCGUGGGGCAUUGGUUGUGCACAAGCCGAUCUGCCAGGUGUUUACACGAAUGUUUCCUAUUGGUCGAAGUGGAUCGACGAGCAAUUGAGUGGCAAUAGUACUGAUGGCACUAACACAGCGAGCAGCAGUCAUGUAUCCGGCCUUAUCGCUUUCGUGACAGUAUUUUUUGCUUUGACGCUGAAUAGAUAAAUGCUGAUAAUUUCAGUUUCAAUCAAGUUCGCAAUUAAUCAACUUCAUCAAUAUCAAAACACAAUUAAAAUGUCAAUUAAAUACUUAAGUUUAUAUAACUCGCAUAAUAAAUAAGUAGACCGUUAUUUUUACAAUGUA